AUGAAGGAAGAACGGCGCCUUGCCGGCAAGUGGAAGGAGGAGGAGCAGACGGAUAAAAACGGCAAGCAUUCUGGUUGCCUAGAUACAGAUGUAAACAAAAAUGCCUCUCCAACUGCAGAGGAACAGCGGAAUGAACCUGAUGGCUACCUUCCUGGCUCAGUCAGUGACCAAGAAAAGAAAGUAAGAGUAUCUCCAGCCACAAUGUCAGCUAAGAAUUCUACAGAUCUAGUUGAAUAUGUUGACAGGGGUCAUUCUUUUCUUCCUGUGAUUCCAAACACCCAGAGAAGGCAGCUAGAAGACAGAUUGAACACCCAGGAACGUACCAUCGCUUUCCUCCUUGAACAAGCCUUCCGCAUCAAGGAGGAAAUCUCUGCUUGUCUUCAAGGGGCCCAUGGCUUUCAAAAAGAGGAGUUGCUUGCCAGGAAGCUACUGGAAAGCCACAUCCAGACCAUCACGAGCAUUGUCAAAAAACUGAGCCAAAAUAUUGAGAUUUUAGAACACCAAAUAAGAGCGCGAGACCAGGCGGCCACAGGAACUAAUUUUGCAGUACAGGAGCUAAACACCAGACACCUUCAAGGAGUUGGAGAUCUUCGAGGAAGAGUAGCCAGAUGUGACUCCAGCAUUGUGAAGCUUUCUGGAGACAUUCAGUUCAUCAGGCAUGAGCACCGGAAAAUUGAGAAAACAAUUCAAAAUUUCAUGUCUGCCCUAGAAACUGUUUCUAAGAACUUGGAUAUGAAGCUCACCCCAUUUUUCCUGGCUCACCCCUCAUACCCAGUAGUACUGAACAACCUGGAGGUAAUGCAGCUCUUAGGAAAGAUUGAGGCUUCCGGUUCUGAGCAAACCUCAAAUUUAAAGAUGGUCCAGGGGGAUUAUCGCCAUGAAAUGAACCUUUUGGAGUUCAAAUUUAAUUCAGUUUCAAACAACCUAUAUGAGGCAGUUGAGAACCAUCAAAAAUGGACAGAGAAACAGUUCCUCAACUAUGAAAAAGACCACCUUGGCCAUUUAAAUCAAUGUCUGACGCUCCUACAGGAGAAGCUGGAAAAGUCUGAAAAUAAAAUGGAAGAGAAAUUACUGAAGCUUUCAAGCAAAUUAGAGAAUUUCGUUAACACAGAGAAACAGGAAGCAGAACUAAGUACAGUAAAGCAUAUAGAAAAUAAACUGUCCAAAAAGAUGAACCAACUGGAAAAGCACAUCUGGGGUGAAUUAGAGAAAAUUCAGACUGAAUAUCAAUCAGGAUUUAAAUCAAUUCAUGACUCUCUCAGCUCCCUCCAACAAAUACAGAAAACAAAGAUGGAUUUAGAGAAAUAUAAAGUACAGAAAGACCUAAAGAAAUUACAGCGUAAGAUAGUGGAACUCCAGGAAGUAUAAAACUUUUCUGUCAUCUUUUUCACCAGCUAAUAUAGUGGUUUGCUGGCAAAAGUUGGGAAGAAGUUAAUAUCUCUGGGAUGUUGACUGCUUCUUAUACCUCUGUAUUUCUUACCACCUUUUUCAGGAAAUGAAUGUGCCAGAAAACCCAAUAAAGCAGAGAAGUUUA